GGCUUCCAUAGUUCCAUGGAUGUUCCUUCUCCGAAACCCCAAAACUCUCUUCCUAUAUAUACAAAAUCCACUCUCAUUUCUACAUCAUCGACUCCAAAACCCAUCUCUCAAAAUUCUCAAUUUCUUCACUCUAUAGCUCAAAUGGCGACUCCUCAAUCCUCAACCAGACCAACCCACCAAAACCCACAACCCAAUUUCCACGACCUCUUCCCCGCCAUGGCCGGAAAACUCGGAGGAGAAGGUCUAAUCGACGAGCUCUGCAAAGGCUUCGAGCUCCUCAUGGACGGAGACAAAGGAGUCAUCACUUUCGAGAGCUUGCGGCGAAACGCAUCAGCGGUUCUUGGACUCGGAGAUCUGACGGACGACGAUGUAAGGUGUAUGAUCGACGAAGGGGAUUUCGAUCGAGACGGUGCGUUGAAUCAGAUGGAGUUUUGUGUGCUCAUGUUUAGGCUAAGCCCUGACUUGAUGGAUGCGUCACGCUUUGUCGUCACGGAGGCGAUCGAGGAGGAGUUUGGUGACCGAACGCACGGGCAUUGAUAUCCUUCUUUCUCCAUCAGAGACUUUGACUUAAGUUUGUUUAACCAAUUCCUUUUAUGUUUUUCUUAUCCUUUCGAUUAUUGUUGCAAUUCGUAUAAAAUUCUUGGAUAUUAUAUCAACCGAUAUGGAAAAAAUUCAUUGAAAACAGACAAAAAUAUAAGUAUAUAAUUAGAUGCAAAUUCAGCUC